AAGUCAAAUGUGGACGGUCCUUGGCUUGUGGUCAGCGGGAACGAAGCGUGCGAUCUGGACAGUACCGUGUGUGCACUGGCCUAUGCAUUUUUCAAACAGAUGCAACUAGGUGACACUGCCGUUGUCAUUCCGCUAUGCUAUGUCAACCGCGCCGAUAUGCAUUUACGUAGCGAGGUAGUCUUUUGGCUCAAUCACUGUCACGUGUGUUUGGACUCCCUGAUUUACACGGAUGAUUUAUUGACCCCGGAACACAACCUAGAGGCUUGCAAAACGCAGCUGAUUUUGGUGGACCAUAACAAGGCCACGGGCCGAUUGGCGAACAUGCGGUGGCCGGUUAUCGAGAUCAUUGAUCAUCAUCAGUUGGAGUCGGCUGACAAUCAGCAGUUAACCAAUUGUAGACUGAAGAGAAUGGAACGUGUUGGUUCUUGUGCUACACUUAUCACGGAAUUGUUGAUGCAAAGUAGCUGUGUGGAUCGUAUACCAUGUGUCGUUUGGGAAUUACUGUACGGUGCCAUUUUGAUCGAUACUGUCGGAUUAUCACUCAGAGGUCAGAAAGCAGGAAGAUUGACUAAUCUGGAUCUGUUGAUGGCCACCCGGAUUGAGGACCGUAUUGGUUGUAAGCUGUUUUCCGGUGGCGUUUCGCGCGAGAGAAUUUUUUCGGAAGUCGAGGAGGCUAAGUUUGAUGUCAAAGGUAAUAAUCUUUUAAUAUGA